AUGUCGAGAGCGUGGUUUCAUCUUUGUGGCUGUCGCUGCAAUAAUCUCCAACGCCACGUGAGACUUUGCAAAGUCUCCGCUCACUCACGAACUUUCCUCCAUUGGCAUAUGCCGUCCAGUCCGGUUUCCAGCUCCGUUGCCUCACACAGCUACACCCUCAACGAGGUGCCAAGCACGAUGCACUUCCCGUUACCUGCAGGUUACUUUGGCAACGUCCAAGUCUCUCCGUUCAAGCGCGAGGAAUGCAAUGACAUCGUACGACGCCAUGUGAACGCCCUACUAGCGGACGAGUAUCGCUACGCAGAGCGACAGGCACAGCAACAGCCUUUGAUACAGACGACGGAGUGGAAAUUUUUCCGGCGUAUGGGCGACUUGAAAGUGUACCAGCGACGUCUUCGCGGUCGAUCGAGACAGGAGGUGGCGGCUGAGGAAGAGUUCCCGGAAGCGGCGAUCGCAGUGGAACGUGGAAACCCGAGUAUGUUAACGAACGGGUCGGUGAGUGGAACAAUUGAGGAUAUGCUCUACGGAAUGAGUACCACUACCCAAGAGGAGACGAUGACGGGGUUGGCGAUCACCCACCCGCCCCACGACGCAGUGCUGCUGAGUAACGUGGAGAAAUCUACCGUUGAGGACCCACUCCGCUCUGCGGAUCUCCUGUGGGUGCUAUCCAAGAUGCCCAUUAUCAAUCCGAGAGAUGUUUGCUAUCUCAAAGCUACGGGGAUGGGAACGGAUGGAAACGGGAAGCCGUACGGCUAUUUGGUGGUGCAUUCCGUGGAUAUACCGGAGUGUCCACCAUUCGAUUAUCGCCGAACGAAAGUUCUUCGUGCCAAGAUGUUCUUCUCGUUCCUGUUUCGAGAAACUACGCCAGGAAACGUGGAUGUAAUCGGACGUGGUGUCUAUGACUUGGUAGGUGGAGAGCUGCUCAAGUUCGUUUUGCCACAUGCAACAACUGCGCUUAUCACUGCAAUUCUCAAAGGCGCAAGUUGCGGUGAAGCCAAGAAACUCACGGUAUUGGCCUUUAGACACUACGACGAACGCAGACACUUCAACACGUUAACGAAGAAGAGCGUGUGCUCCAUGUGCAUUCGAGGGAACAAAGGGAUGCUACAUGUACGUUUGCGCUCGUGCGACGUGUGUGGCGUCCCCAUCUGCAAAAACUGCAGGAUCAAAGACAAACGCAUUUUCACUGGAACGAAGUAUCCGAGUCGCGACGCCGUGUGCUGCGCUACCUGUUGCCAGCAGGCGAAAGGCAUCACGGGCGUGCGUCUUGGUGAACCUGAGUUCCUUGUCACGGCUGAGUUUUACAGCAAGAACCGUGUAACGUCAUCCUCCGUGUCAUCUGGACGCUCAGCGCCGACGGCAACGCUGUCGACACGUUCGUUGGAAGCUUCAGCCCGGGAGGCUCAGCAAAGUUCAGUAGAACGUGACAACGACACUGGGUCGCUCGAUGACGCUGGUAAAUCCACCUCGGUGACCAGCUCCACGGUCGGGGACAGUUGUGCCAGUUUCGACUUUGGCGUGAGCUUUUCGAGUGACCGGAACUCCAGUGAGUAUCGGUUCAAAUAUGGCGAGAGUUUUGAUGAAGAACCUGAGUCAGGACCCAAGAUCUCCGCUGAUAUGUUGGCAGAGCUGGACGACGUGACAGAGGAGACAGCCCAGCCUGUCGUCUUUUGCCGGACGGCGUCGAAACGGAGACCCGACAACAUGUUCGAGUGGAUGCUGGAGCUGCAGUCGUCGGCGGAGGAAGCCUACGUCACUGCAAAGGCCAAUGAACGACUCAUGAAGAAAUCCUUGCGGUACUCGUAG